AUGACACCCCUGAACAAACCACAGUCCACUUCACGAGCGUCUGAUUCGAACAACAAAAAGAAGAGAAAGCAAUCUAAUGACAAGUAUGUUUAUUGAGCGGGAAGAAUGGUAUUAUUGUCUAAUUCAUGGACUAGAGAAGGACACUUGGAGCAGUUGGAAGCUCGCCUGGCACGGAUUGAAUCCAUCACACGAAACAUCAGUGGGGACGCGUUAUCUAGACAACCCCAACGGAGUCAUAUCAAUCUGUCCAUUGGUGAUGGAAACUACAUGUCGCCGAAGAGUAACGUUUCAAGCAACGGCACUGGCGCGGCAGUCGAGACUGAUUCCUCGUCGCACAAUUCGUCACACACGCUUUGCAAUAAUGGUUUGAAGUCCCAGUUGCAGCUACCACCGCUAGAAGCCAUGAUGCCUACGUUGGAGUUGUAUUUUAGGCAUUACAAUUCUGUUAUUCCCUUGUUCGACGAGAAGGACUUCAUGCGGAUGGUUCACGGAUGGAGCUAUCUACGAUCGCCUGCUGAGUGGGCUGCCAUCAAUGUCGUCCUUGCCCUCGGCUACCGCGUGAUCGAGAGCCGGUCGAUGGAAUGUCCAGAAGUAGCCUUGUGCAUCGCAAAUAUCAGGUCCAUACUCCUGGAGAUGAUGAUACGAACGGAGGACUUCUUAGGGCUACAGGUUCUGCUGGGCACGGUGCUCCUUUAUCAAGGAACCUCCCGGUCCCUACAACACAAAGAUACCCCCAUGCUGAUGGGCGCCGCAGCAAGGCUGGUUGAGAUGUUGCGACUGAAUUCGAGGUCGGAAUCGAAAGGCGCUCCUCACGCAGUCGCCUUACACCGCAGUAGGUUGUUUUGGAUAGCCUACAUCCUCGACAAGGUAGGAGAGUAUGCGUUUUCUCCUCACAUGAUAUAAAUGCUCACCUGUUAUGAAUCAUAGGAUGCCGCGGCUCAUUUCGGCGUUUCGCCAAUGCUUCUUGAUUCUGGGACAGAUCAUGCUCCUCCAUCUCCGAACCCCAGCGAUGGAGUUGGCAAUAUUACUACUUUAGAUGGCACUACGUCGCUGAACUUUCUUCAUUAUCGUGUGCAACUCGCGUACGUCCAGGCGCGAGCAUACGAUUGGUUGCUCAGUUCAAGGUCAAGUAAUGCAAGCGACAAAGAUAGAACAAACAGAACCGACACGUUGCAAUCCAUGCUUUCCCACUGGUUCGGGGCGAUACCAAGUAAUAUGAUGUCAGGAUUAGCCCAAGGAUCACUCUGUGUGCACUCUACUCAGCAUCUGAAAUCACUAUUGAAUGUACAUCAAUGGUGUGUCCUGCUCAUUUUUAGGCUGCACAAAGAGAACAGUUCUAUGAUUGCACGACUGAGAGGCAUAAUCCCACAUUUCCCCCAAAUGAGUACUGAACACUUGAACUCCAUUUCUGAUCAUAGAAGUUCCCUGCCUUCAGGAUGGAACGAGUGUUUGGAGUAUAGUCGGAAUGCACUCCAUCUGUCUACGGUCAUCGGGCAGUCUGACUACUAUCUCUGGUACGUCUUAUCAUUCUCUCCAACCUCCAUGCCCAUUACCUUUUUCAUCAUCUUCAGUCGGCUGACUUUCUUAAGGCAUGACUCUUGCUCCCUGUUUGCUGCAGGCCUCAUUCUGCUUGUAAAUGCUGCGGAAUAUCCAGACAGCGAAGCUGCUGAUGAUGACCAAUGGUUGGUGGAUAAAAGCCUGGACUUGUAUGAAAGAUUGAUCAAAUUUGGGCCGUGGGAGAAAGACACCCUCCACGCUGAUUUUCACAACCUGAAGGCACGGGCUAAACAAGCUGUGACUAAAUCACAUGAGGAAAGGAUGGCAUUUGCAAUGGAGAGCUUCAUCGAUGAUUCCUUGCCAUCUGAUCGAUUAUGGACCAUGGGUGAAACAGAAUGGGGAACUGAGAAUCAAGAGUCCACCGUAAGUAUAUUUGGCCCGAGGGGCCCUAUCGGGAAAGUAAAUGGAAGCUGACUCCCUUGGAUGCUAGAUACCUACUAGGACAGGUCACGAGCCAGAAAUUGAUCCCGUCAUGUUCCCUAAUAUCAUACCAGAUAGCUGGAGAUAG